AUGACUGAUGAUGAACUGUUAAGUUCGUACAUAAAAAACCAACAAGAUGAUAAAUAUGAAAAAUUAUGGCAAGAUUUACAAAUUGAUUUUCAUCUUGAAGCUUUAAAAUUUCCAGAUAAUAAAAUCUAUGGAACUAUUCAUAUUAUACCAGAAUCAUCACGUAAACUUAUUAAAAAAUUUGUUUUAGUCAUUGAUGAAUUAAAACGAAUUGAAUUUGAUCCGUAUUAUGAAAAUUUAGCAGCAUCAGGUUUCAAUACAAAUAGAAAAAAUUCUUCGGCUUAUAUUCAAGCUAUACCAAAUAAUGCAACAUGGGCACGAGAAGAUAAAAGAUCAAAAGUUUCUCAUUUUUAUUUUACUGGUAAAAUUUUUGCAUUAAGUCCAUCAAUAAGUUUUAAAUGGUCAGAUGAUGAUAAAAAUUCUAAACCAAAUCUUAUUAUUCACUGGUAUCAUAUUGGAGAUCAAAAGGCUCAACGAUAUAUACUUUAUUUAGAUGAUGAAGAAAUUCAACAUAUACGUCAAAAACAAAUCGAAGAUUCAUUUUAUGUUAGUAUUUCUAAUUUAGAACCUGGAAAUAAUCAUACUUUCCAACUAGCAGCAAGACUUAACAAUGGUAAAGAAACCUAUCGAUCAGAUGUUAUAGAAUUUACUGUACCUGAUAAAGAAUCGAUAGACAAUGAUAAUCAAGAAUUUAUUACUGUAUCUAAUGAACCACCACCACCCGAUUUACCAAGUAUGGUUUAA